AUGCCAGAUAUCGUUCGCUCAUUAGCAAGGCUUCGAAAGCGGAGAAGAUUGAUUCAAACUCUUAAAAAAUGGGUUCCGAAACUUCGGUAUCUUUUGUUUGCUGUUGGAAUAUGUUGGCUUUUUAUUUUUCCAUCGGAACAAUAUCACAAAAACACUUAUAUAUCAGAAAAUGCUCUACUUCCUGGCCAGGUUAACACAUAUUAUAGCUGGGGACAGGUUUUUGAUGCAACAAAUUUUCGAGACGAUAUAAGCUUGAUGUCAAAUGUUUCAAGUAUAAAGAGAGCCGUCUAUAUAGAAGAAGGAUUACGGAAGGCCGGAUUAAAAACAGCAAUGCAGAAUUUUACGGUUAACGUAUCUGGAAAGAAAAUUUAUGGAACAAAUGUUUACGGUUUAAUCAAGGCACCACGCGCAGAUGGAACAGAAGCGCUUGUUUUGAGUGCCCCAUGGAAAUCAAGGGAUGGAAAAACAAUUAAUAUCAAUGGAAUAGCAGCGGCUCUGUCUUUGGGAAAAUUUUUCAAAGGUUACACUUAUUGGUCCAAAGAUAUUAUAAUUCUUAUUACGGAUGGUGGAGAAGCCGGUGUUCAAGCAUGGCUUGAAUCAUAUCACGACCUUCCUCGAUCAGGUAUUUUAUCGACGCCUUUGUUGUUGAGAUCUGGUGCAAUUCAGGCAGCUAUAAAUUUAGAUUUUCCAAAUACAUCUGAUUAUAAGGCAUUGGGAAUUUUUUUUGAGGGCGUUAAUGGACAACUUCCUAAUUUAGAUUUAAUAAACACAGUCGUAAGAGUGUGUCGAAUAUCAAAUCACAUUCCCAUCAUGUUACAUGAUUCUGGACAUCAUUACCUUUAUGAUAAUGGCGAUUAUUAUGCCUCACUCCAUAAUUUAUUGCAGGCUAUGAAAUAUCAAGCUUUAGGACAUCCAACUGGAAGCCACGGCUUGUUUUUCAGAUAUAAGAUUGACGCCAUAACUUUAUAUGGUCAUACUUCCGCUCCUACUUCAAAUUCUUUUAGUUUUAAAGAAAUUGGAUCUAUUGUGGAGUCAACUUUUAGGAAAUUAUGGGGGAAAACAGGAAAUAUCAUUGAACCAGUUCCCGAAGAUGGCCGGUCAAAAUCUAGUUCAUCAAACGAAAAUUUCCAUGCUGUUCCUUUACCGUAUAAUAAUCGGCCACGACAAAUUUUAUUUCCGAUGACAGUUUUGAUUGUGACUCAUUUUACAGGAUUGCUCAUUUUCUUUGUGAUUUUAAAUCAUUCUUCAAUUAGUCAAAUGCCAGAAAUGUUUGGCAUGCAGGGAUUUCUAUUUACACUAUCAUUGACAACAAGCCUGUCAAUAAUAGUACCAACAAGUUUAAUAAAAAUUUCUCAAGUUAGAUCACUUAAUAACAAUGCACCACCUCCGAGACAAAAGCCAGCACCUAAUUGGAUGAUAUUGAAAUCAUUUACAUUAGCAUUUACAGCGAUGAUAAUAUCAUGUUUAUCGGUGCUUAAUUUUAAUUUGGCGGUAUUUAUUUCAUUAAUGGUUAUAAUACCAUUUUCAUUAUUUCAACCAACCCCGCAAUACCAAAUAUUACGAUAUAUACAAUUAUUAGUAUUAAUUAUAAUAUCACCACCAGGAAUAUUAUUGUUUAGUAGAACUAAUAUGGAAGAGUUUUUAAGAUGGGCUUUAAUGGAAUAUGAAUUAUUUGGAAACUAUUUAUUACCUUUCAUUUGUUGUUUUUAUUGGCCUAAUAUUUUGGUUUAUGGAGUCAUUGUUUUUUCUGAUGAUGCAAGUUAA